AUGCUUACCGGACAAUUGACUUCUUUUGAUAAUGGUGACCACUGGAGGCAAUCCUCGCCGCUGAAUAACCCCAUCUCAGUGCCCAUCUACGAGCUGCCAGAAUACGUGUGCGUGGAGACCAAAUGGGUGACAAGGAGAUACGCGCUCGACAACGCCAUACCGGUAAAUGGGCUGCAAGAUCCGAUUACCAAUGGUGCUGUUUCGGAAGCCCCCCCGAAAUCCGCACAGCAGGAUAAACUGAACGAAUCCACCGGGAUCUUUGCGAGCGAAAUAGCAGUUCCACGUAGGGAACGCGCCAUUCAAACGGAGGAGCCGAGCACCAAGGAGGUGGGCAUUCAGUGUCGCCGGGAUUCGGUGGAGUGGAACCUGCCCGAGGAUCAGCCCAAGGAUGUGGCCGAAACCAACGACUACGCUCGGUUUCUCACCUAUGUCAGCGAGAAUACCAGCAUGUUUCCCAAUGGCAUGCUGGAGUGCCAGAUCUGCGGCGAUAUAGCCAACACUUUGUUGGAGCAUCAGUCUCACAUGACCGUGCACUUUGGGCCCAGUGCUCUGUGCUUCAACUGUGGUCAAAAGCUUGGCCACGAGAACCUCUUGAAGCGCCACAAUCUCAGUUGCCCCGCCAUGGCGCCCAGGAAGUCAUCCAUGCUUUUCAAAUGCCCACAUCCGCUUUGCAAUGCCAUGAGUCACUCGGAGAUGCAGUUGCUGCAUCACCUACGAAAACACAGCGGCAGGAAGUGCUACAGAUGCUUACAGUGCAGACGUUUCUUUAAGACCACCACCUCUGUUCUAAUCCAUCGAAAAAAGGAGCAGAAAUGUUCCAAGGCCAAAGUGCUCACCCUCUUCCGCAGUCACAAGGGGAUACCCAAGGGCAGAAAAGAUCCCAGACGCUGCUCAGUUUGCUUAAAGCGCUUCAGCAGCGAGAGAGUUUGUUUGCGGCACCGUAGAAAGUGCAUCCUCGGCCAUCAUCGACAGCUGUCUAAGAUCCUCUUCAAGGAGUUAUGAACAGCAUAUACAAAUCUUUGACCUAUCUGGUAUUUAUUAGAAUAUAGAAAUCAAUAACAAUAAAGCGAGAAGAUCCUACGAAGCUUGAACGCCGUGGGCCUUCUUCAAACCCUG